CCGGACAAUCAAAGCAUAUCUAAACACAAAAUAUCUCCUUAAAAAAGUUGUGGCCAUGGGCUUGAGUGGGAAGCUUUUGCAAAUCAUAGUGCCUGCAGGAGUGAUAAUAUUUGCAAUGGCGGCGGCAGCAGCAGCAGCGACAGCAGCAACUAACGCCAAGCCUGGCUGCCCCAACAAGUGUGGAGAUGUAGAAAUUCCAUUCCCGUUUGGCUUGACUGAGGCCUGCUAUCUAGAUGAGAGUUUUAAUAUCACUUGUGACUCUGGAAUACCAAUUAUAGGUAAUAUUCCUGUGACAAACAUAUCCAUUGAGACUCAUGAGUUGCAUAUCUUGAAUCUUGUAGCUCGAGACUGUUAUAAUCGGUCGGGUCAACUUGUAAGCAACAACCAGAGCUGGCUCCAGGCAGCUGAAUUCACCAUUUCCAAUACUAAAAAUAAGUUCACUGUUAUUGGCUGUGACACUUAUGCAUACCUUAGUGGGUACCAAAACGGAGAAUGGUACUCGAUUGGGUGCGCAUCUCAAUGCCCUAGCCUUCGCAAUGUGGUUAAUGACUCUUGCUCUGGCGUUGGGUGUUGCGAGGUAGGAUUUCCGGAUGGAUUAAAAGAUAUUAAAGUGGAAGUAAACAGCUUCUCCUCCAAUCACUCCAACGUAUUCAACUUCAAUCCCUGUGGCUAUGCUUUUGUUGUCGAAAAAGGCGAGUUCAACUUCUCCUCCAAUUAUCUCUAUGAUCUACCGUACAAGAGGGUUCCACUGGUGUUUGAUUGGGCAGUUGGCAAUCUAACAUGUGAAGAAGCUCGAAACAAAUCAAAUUUCAUAUGUCAAGACGAAAAUAGUGAAUGCAUUGACCCCCAACACAGGGAGGGGUACCGCUGCAUGUGCAAGCAAGGUUACAAAGGGAACCCAUACCUCUACGGGGGUUGCCAAGACAUCGACGAAUGUGUGGAUCCAAAUCUCAAUAAUUGCACCAAAAUGUGUAACAAUACAGAAGGCAAUUAUACAUGUUAUUGUCCCAAGGAGUACCAUGGGGACGGAAGAAAAGAUGGUGAAGGUUGUUCCGCGGAUCCCGCCACAGUACUAGCGAUUAAGAUUCCAAUUAUUACGGGCGUAAGCUUUGUUGCUAUGCUUGUGGUUAGCUCUUGGAUGUACUUCGUUCACAAGAAAAGAAAACUUAUCAAGCUUAAAGAAAGCUUCUUUCGACAGAAUGGGGGUUUGAUUUUAGAACAGCAGCUCAGCAAACAACAGGGAUCCAGGGAAACAGCCAAGAUCUUUACUGUAGAAGAGCUGAACAAGGCCACAAAUAACUAUGAAGAGAGCAGGAUCAUUGGCCGAGGAGGUUUUGGUAUAGUUUACAAGGGAAUUUUACCUGAUAAAAGGAUUGUUGCCAUCAAGAAGUCCAAGACAGUGGAUCAAAACCAAAUUGACCAAUUUGUUAACGAAAUUGUUCUGCUCUCCCAAAUUAACCAUAGGAACGUUGUCAAACUCUUGGGCUGUUGUUUAGAGGCACAAGUUCCUUUGCUAGUCUAUGAAUUUGUCCCAAAAGGUACACUCUUUAAGUAUAUACAUCGUGAAAGCAGCACAUCCACCAUACAAUGGGAUACCCGUCUAAGAAUAGCUGCAGAAACUGCGGACGCACUAUCGUAUCUGCACUCUGCAGCUUCGACACCUAUAAUCCAUAGAGAUGUUAAGUCCUCAAACAUACUGCUUGAUGAUGAUUUCACUGCAAAAGUUUCCGACUUUGGAACUUCAAGAUUGGUUCCCCGAGAUCAAAAGGAACUAGCUACUGUAAUGCAGGGAACUCUUGGAUACUUAGAUCCUGAAUACUUACAGACGAACCAGUUGACAGAGAAAAGUGAUGUCUACAGCUUUGGAGUGAUCCUUGUGGAGCUUCUAACAGGAGGGGAUGUACUUUCAUUCAAUAGGUCCGAGAAAGAAAGAAGUCUAGCUAUGUAUUUUCUUUCUUCCUUGAAAGAGGAUCGAUUGUUUGAAAUUCUUGAAAAUGGUAUAGUUGAAGGAGGAAAUGAGGAGCAAAUCAAGGAAGUCGUUGAACUUGCAAAGAGGUGCUUGAGACUAAAAGGGGAUGAGAGACCUACUAUGAAGGAAGUGGCAAUGGAAUUAGAAGGAAUAAGAAAGAUGGAGGCGCUAUCGUGGGUUAAUGUUCAAUCAAAUUUGGAAGAGGCCGAACACUUGCUUGGUGAGACAUCUCACUCUAAUGAAUAUGGUGGAAGUAGAAGAACUGUUGUCUAUGACAGCAUGAAUGACCAGGUAACAUUAGCCUUGGGGUAUGGCAGAUGAAUGUGGCAUGAUAACAUCCGUCCUUCAUGGCUUUUUUUUCUAUUGCAAGUUCCCGUUUUAUUGUCCUAAAAAUAAGAUUGGGAGAAAAAAUAAUGAACCUGCUGCUGGAAGAAUAGGUUAAAAACUCUAUACAAAAUAGUGUUCUUUGUAGUCUUUGGCAUGCUCCCAGCUCCCUUCCCUUCGUUUAAUGUAAAUUAAUUGCUGUGUUUAGUUUAUUUGGUUACUGCAGCAUUUUGUUGUGUUUCCAUGUACAAAUGAAUAUAUGGCGUUUAAUGUAUAAAU